CUUGUCUUCCGCUCUCCGUACGGGUUCCUACUCGAACCCCAAAUUCCUCCCAUCUACCCUCCUGCUACUACUCUUUCCUUCUGAUUAACGCCCCCAAUAAUUUCCGGAAUGUACCCAACUACCCUGCACCCCAGCCCCGUCAAAGACGGGAGGCGCGUUCUCGGUGAAAAGACCGCAAACGCGUGUCUGUCAUCCACUCAUCAUCGGCCCGAUGUUUCGCCCAGCAAACGCCCGCUCCUCGAAGCACCUUCUCCCCCAAAGCUCCUUUCAUCUCCUUUAUUUGCUGGCCAAAAACGCACAAUUGAUCAGGUAAACGAAGACCAAGCGAACAAUGACAACGUGCAGGCUCAACAUGGCGAGUCUCGGGCGGAAACACAAACGGUGCACGACGUGCAUGAUGAAGCUUGCACACACUCUACAGCUCACAAGGAUGAUCGGCCGAACCAACAACAAGCAGACGCGAUGGAGCCGGACGUAGCUCCAUCACGGGAGUCAGAUAAACAACAACCACAAUCACCAACACACUCCACACCGCUUGCUCGAAGCUCUAGUCAAGAAAGUGAAGCAAGUUCAACACGAACCGUUCCUGAGGACCCUGAAACGCGCAAGUUGUUUAUCCAAAAAAAAGCAAGCCUUCUUCGGAACCGAAUCCAAAAUGCCAUGCGUCACGUUAAAAACCCUCAAUUUGAUCGCCGCCUGUCAGAACUAGAGGCCCACAGUCGCAAAUUCCCGCGUCUAUCACUCCCCGAGACGCUCACGCCCAGCCACCAGAAGGAAGUGGUGACACCGCGCCGACAAGACGAAGACAUUAUGCCCUCCUCUGUCACACCGCGUGCUCUUCAACCCGCUGUAGAGUUCAAGCCGAGGACCGAACCAUCAUCUAUCCCUCUCGGACUAUCUUCGCCUCCCCUAUCGACCGAGAAUGACAGUUCUCAAGACCCUAUGAAAACGCCCACACAAAGUCAUCGCAGAACAGACACGGCAGAGACUCUGAUGCAACUCAGCAGUCCUCCAGCUACUGUGUCGCGAACCGGGCGCGACAGAAUGAUUGGAGAGAUCGACGAGCAAGAAGAUGACAUCGAAGGAAACCAAGCAGAGAAACAGGCCGUCACACCAUCUCAACGGGGAGAUGCUGUUGACGGGCUCCUGAAGCUCAUGAACACUGCGGAUAAACGUGAAACCGCGAAUACUUGGACUGGCUGAUUUUGACUUCUGACGAUGAGAUGACCGUUCCGUCUGCUUAGAUUGUAUACUAUAUUUCCAUAAUCCUGUAUACAGGACUAGAUGCAUUAACCAUCUAGGAUACUGAGGGCAUCCCGACGCGUCUACUGACAAUGACGUGCUCGCUUCAUCCACUGUCUCCACAGACAAGAGUGAGGAAGCAUUACCGGAACUCGAGACUAUCGUAUGACGAGUUUCUUGAUGCCUCUCUUUCCAUUGCCUUCAGGCAAUGGUAAUUAGUCAA